ACAAUGAUAAAUAUCACAACUUGACAAACCUCAUCCUAGAUUUUUCUAGCUUCUCGAACCGACACCAAAACUUUGAGAAUCUGGUGAAUACCUUUGUGUUUUUUCUACAUGAAGAUUCAUUAUCACGAAGAUGUAGAUAUAGUUAUAGUAGGUGCUGGAUUAGCUGGUCUAACCAGAGGCGGAUUUAGAGUGUAAACCUUGUAUGAUUUGGAAAAAGGAACCCAGUGAUUUCUCCGGCUGGAUCCGCCACUGGGUCUAACCACAGCGUUAGCCCUUCACAGGUUGGGGUUAAGGGCCUUGGUGUUGGAAUCGUCGGGAAGUUUACGAGUUACCGGAUUUGCACUUACGCUAUGGACCAACGCUUGGAAGGCGCUAGAUGUUGUAGGGAUCGGGGAUUCACUUAGACAAAAGUGUAUCCAAAUAAAAGGAUUGAAAAUGGUCUCUCCUGAUACUGGUCUUUUUACUUCCGGGCAACCUCUGGACAAAGAUGAAAAAUUCAAGGAUUAUGAAAGCCGAUGCAUUAGGCGAAAGGAUUUACUAGAGGCUAUAGUGAACGAACUGCCACCAGACACCAUUAGAUACUCUUCAAAGGUUGUGACGAUUGAGGAACUUGACCGAUUUAAAAUAGUGCACCUAGCUGAUGGGUUCAUUCUCAAAACCAAGGUAUUGAUUGGGUGUGACGGGAUUAACUCGGUUGUGGCUAGAUGGUUGGCUCUUCCAGCUCCUGUAAGAGUUGGGAGAUCGGCUAUUCGGGGUUUGGUGGAAUUCCCAAACGGCUCGGGUUUUGAUCCUAAGUCCUAUCUCAGCUUUGGAGGUGGUACGCGCUUUGGUUUUCGACCCGUUGAUGACAAGAAUGUGUACUGGUUUUGCACAUUUGCCUCGUCACAAGUUCCAUCUUACGAUGAUGAGAUUCAAGAAAACCCGAUGAAAAUGAAGCAAUUUGUACUAGGCCUGAUCAACAAAAUGCCACGAGAAGCACAAGAAGUGGUGGAAAAGACGUCGCCAAGCAACAUGUCUUAUUCAACAUUAAAGUUGAGAUUGCCAUGGGAUGUUUUAUUCGGAAACACAGUGAAAGAAAAUGUUUGCGUAGCCGGGGAUGCCCUUCAUCCCAUGACUCCUGACAUAAACCAAGGCGGAUGUUCGGCGCUAGAAGACGCCAUUGUGCUAGGUAGGUGUCUAGGUGAGGCUUUUUUGAAGAAAUCAAGUGAAAAUGACGAUGAAUUUGAUAGAAUUGAAAAGGGUUUGUUGAAAUAUGGCAAGGAGAGGAGAUGGAGAAGUGUUAGUCUCAUUAGUGUUGCAUAUUGUGUGGGGUUUAUACAACAAAGCAAGGGAAAAGUGAUGAGUUUCUUGAGGAAAGUAUGGUUAUCUAACUAUACAUCUACUGCCUUGCUUAAGAUGGCUAAUUAUGAUUGUGGUGAUCUUGUUUCUUGAAGCAUAUAUGUGACACCGGUGGUCACAGGUAUUUAGGUGGUGUUCACCCAUCUACACUCAUUUUAAGUUAAUUACCAACUAAUGUAACACUAACUCAAAUUGAUUUAUUGUAUACUUUUAUUGACCUA